AUGUCUGACCCCCAUGUCAGUCAUCUAGAGUUGCUGAAAGACUCUUUGAGUGUAUCCCAAACCGCAUCACGGACAGGUAAAGAUAGGUGCCUGGCGCGUCCGACGGGAUCCCAAUUCCUUAAUCAGGAGGAGCUAUAUGAGAGUAUUGAGCUUCUUUUGGGGCUCGACAUCCAACAGAAUACAGGGCAUAGCCAAGGCUUCGAGUCUUCAUCGGGAGGCAUGCCUUCAUAUCGCCCGUGUAGUGAGCCAGGUAGGCCCGGGCCAACUCUUGGCCUGAACGAAAUUAGACAUACGUCAGUCGGACCCCAUUUUGAUGGAAAAUUAGUGACUACAUUACAAGACGCUGCGUCUUUAGGUGACCUUUUUGAUUUAGCUACGCGCAAUGGGGUUCAGCUGGAGAAUAUCUCCUCAGGCCUCAGCUUGAUCCGAUCUGUCCUACAGCGGUCACAUCCGGAGCAAUUCGAAUUGCGAGAAAUGGGCUUGCCUGUGACACCAGCAGGAAGGGUACUUCGGCCUGGAUCACAGGGCUAUUUCCUACAUCUAGUGUCACCUUUCCGAGAAAGGCCUCUUUGUUUGAGCGCUCAAGACUAUUGUGAUCACUACGAAUACGAGAUCCUCACGUGCGCAUAUAUAACGGGAGCUAUUCUGACACAAUGUGAAGCAGCGGCACUUUCAUUAGAUGAGACGCGGUGGUCAGUGUUAAAGUUGGCCCUAGACAACUACCAAGACCCCCGAUGGAACGUCAUGCAUCGAGCCUUCUGGCGAGUCUGGACCUUUUGCAGACUUUUCGGCUCUGGCAAAGGACGCGAGGAAGAUUGGCAAGGCCAACAAGCCUGGCUUGAAGGACAUACCAUCCAUAGCAACAACGGAUUUGGCACUAACACUCAGCCUGGGAGCCUUCAAAGCGAGGUUCUCGACAAUCCUCCGGAGUUCUUUGCCACUGGUAACCCAGGAGGGCUCACGUCGGAGGAAUUAAAGGAUAUGAUGUUCAUCUGGCGCUGUCUCCGAUGGCUGUUACGAAUCCGACUGUACAGAGACACACUGCCACAAACUCCACGGCGAGACCAAGCGCAGGGCAGCGUGAAGCUGAGUGAGAAGACUGCGAACACCGACUGGCAGAUCACAGAUACUUUGGUUGAUUCGCUGUUGAGCCUUGGACUAGCCGCUACCAGACAUCUCUUGUCCACUCGUGGAGAACAUCCCCUGCAAGUUGCCCACAAUCUACAAUGGACUUCACGGCCCAUCAUCUUUAGGCGAGAAAGGGGUCACGCAUUCCUACUAGAAGCUUGCCAGAGGAAACUUCUGGAAACAAAGGAACGUGGAUAA